AUGUAUAUACUUGACUGCAGACCUUGGUCUCCACAGGACUCUUCCUUGCUGGUCAGCAAUGUAUCGGCCAGCUGUGGUGAGGGCCAGGAAAAGAACUUAUUUGGAGCCCUGGGUUAUAGGCCUCAUCACUUUUAUAUCUCUGAUUGUCCUGGCAGUGGGCAUUGGACUCACUGUUCAUUAUGUGAGAUAUAAUCAAAGGAAGACCUACAAUUAUUACAGCACGCUGUCAUUCACAAGUGACAAACUAUAUGAUGAGUUUGGAAGAGAAGCUUCUAAAAAUUUCACAGAAAUGAGCCAGAGAAUUGAAUCAAUGGUGAAAAAUGCAUUUUAUAAAUCUCCAUUAAGGGGAGAGUUUGUCAAGUCUCACGUUAUCAAGUUCAGUGAAGAGGAACACGGAGUGCUGGCUCAUAUGCUGCUGAUUUGUAGAUUUCGCUCUACUGAGGAUCCUGAAAACGUAAAUGAAAUUAUUCAACAUGUUCUACAUGAAAAGCUGAAAAAUGCUAUAGGACCACCUAAAGUAGAUCCUGAGUCAGUUGAAAUUAAAAAAAUCAACAAGACAGAAACAGACAACUAUCUGAACAAUUGCUGUGGGACACGAAGGAGUAAAUCUACAGGACAGAGUCUCAGGAUUGUUGGUGGAACAGAGGUAGAAGAGGGUGAAUGGCCAUGGCAGGCCAGCCUGCAAUGGGAUGGGAUCCACCGCUGUGGAGCAACUUUAAUUAAUGGCACAUGGCUCGUGAGUGCUGCUCACUGCUUUAGAAUGUAUAAAGACCCAGCCAGGUGGACUGCUUCCUUUGGAGUCACAAUAAACCCUCCAAAAAUGAAACAUGGCCUCCGGAGGAUAAUUGUUCACGAAAAAUACAAAUAUCCAUCACAUGACUAUGAUAUCUCACUUGCAGAGCUUUCUAGCCCUGUCCCCUACACAAAUGCAGUACAUAGAAUUUGCCUCCCUGAUGCCUCCUAUGAGUUCCACCCAGGUGAUGAGAUGUUUGUGACAGGAUUUGGAGCACGGCAAAAUGAUGGUGACAGUCAAAAUCACCUUCGGCAAGUGCAAGUGGAGCUCAUAGACACUAAAACCUGCAAUGAACCUCAAGUUUAUAAUGAUGCUAUAACCCCUAGAAUGUUAUGUGCUGGCUCCUUGAGAGGAAAAAGAGAUGCAUGUCAGGGUGACUCUGGAGGACCACUGGUUAGUUCAGAUGCUAGAGAUAUCUGGUACCUUGCUGGAAUAGUGAGCUGGGGAGAUGAAUGCGGGCAACCCAAUAAGCCUGGUGUUUAUACUAGAGUGACUGCCUUCCGGGACUGGAUCACUUCCAAAACUGGUAUCUAAGAGAGAAAAAUCUAAUAGAAUGGAACACAUUUUGUCAUGUGCAUAGGCCAUUCUUAGAGAUGCAGAACUCGGAAGAUUCCUUGCAAAUCACCCGGACCUGACCAAACUCACUGAACUGUCUGCUUGAUGCA